AACGAGUUAUAAACUCAUAAACGAAACUCUGGAGAGAGAAAGGCCUCAAACGAGUACGUAAAUUUUCUGCCUUUCUAGAGAGAGAAACAGUGCUAUUUCGGGUCCAAUCCAAAUACUCCUAAGAGGAAACACAGCAAAAUAGUAGAAGAAACAGCUGUAGAAGAAAUGAGGAGGAUUGCUCCAAUCAAUUGGGUCAACAAUCUCCAUGGAUAAGCCACACUAGCAUAGCACCUAAAAUAUUCCAGAUAUAAAGAGAGGGAGAGGGAGAGAGAUUUGGGAAGAGAAAUUGGGGAAAAUGGUUCAUGGAUGGAGGAGAGUAUUUUGCACAUCGGUUUCCAAGGAUUCAGAUUCGAAGGAUCCCAACAGAAACAGAGAGAAGCAAGAAGAGCAAACCACCACGCCUCGAUUCGGUUCCAGAUUCAGAUUCUUUUCAAAUCCAUCCACACCUCGAUUACACACUCAGUCCGCCCCGAGCCCCACCACCCUCCGCUGCCGAACCACCGCCACAACCCUUCCCACCCCACCGGACAGCCCCAAGCUCCAAUGCAAAACAGCAAAAAACAGCCCCAGGUUCUUCUUCAGCCGCUCCUCCACCCCAUCCUCUCCUCGCUCCCCCUCCACUCUCUCUCUCCUCAAAUCCACCUUACGCAUCUCCAGAGUUAAGUGCGGGAUAUGUUUGCAGAGCGUGAAGACGGGUCAGGGUCGGGCCAUCUUCACGGCGGAGUGCUCCCAUGGGUUCCACUUCCCGUGCAUCGCUUCUCUCUUGAAGAAUCACCAAGGGGGCGGUGCUCUGGUGUGCCCGGUAUGCGGCUGCAACUGGAAGGAGUUGCCCAUACUGACCUCCCACCAAAACAACAGCCAGCUCAAUAAACCAGAUCUCCAGGAGAAGAACCAGGAAUCAGCUGUCGUGGAUGCGAGAACGAAUAGUAAUAGUAACAAUAACGAAAGGAAGCAGCAGUCUACAAGGCCUGAUUCGAAUUUGAAGGUUUACAACGAUGAUGAGCCCUUGAUGUCGCCGAAAUCGGCCACUCGGUUUUAUCCUAUACCCGAGUCUGAUGAGAACGAGGAGGAUAUCAAUGAGGCUGGCAAUGACAGUGAGAAUAUCGGGGCCGAGGAGUUCCGAGGAUUCUUCGUGAACCCGAUUGCCAGUAGUCCGGUGAAGCAACGGCCGGGCAUUGUGGAAGUCGUGUUGUCGCCGGACGCGGCGGUGGUGUCCGUGGGGCGGAGCCAUGAGACGUACGCCGCCGUUCUGAAGGUGAGGGCUCCGCCGAGGAACGCGAGGCAGCGCGUCCCGAUUGAUCUGGUGGCGGUUCUCGACGUCGGCGGCCGCAUGUCGGCGGAGAAAGUCCAUGUGCUAAAGAGGGCGAUGCGGCUGGUGGUUUCUUCUCUUUCGUCGACGGAUCGUUUGUCUAUCGUAGCGUUCGCCACCACGUCGAAACGGCUGUUGCCGCUGCGACGGAUGACGGCGAACGGCCGCGUCUCGGCGCGCCGCAUCGUCGACGCAAUCGUUUCCACGCAAGGCGAAACAAUCGCGUCCAGCGCGAGCGACGCUGUCAAGAAGGCCGCGAAGGUUCUGGAAGAUCGACGGGAGAGGAAUCCCGUGGCUAGCAUACUGGUCUUGUCAGAAUCCCACAACGAACGGACCUCCACGAGCGUGAAAUCGAUCACCACGCGCUUCGCCCACCUCGAGAUUCCAGUACACUCGGUCGAAUUCGGCCAGGGCAGCAGCGGCGCGUACAACCACGCUCCUUCAGACGACGCCUUCGCCAAAUGCGUCGACGGUCUAUUGAGCGUCGUCGUUCAAGAUCUCCGUCUCCAGCUAGGUUUCCUCUCCGGUUCGUCGCCCGGGGAAAUAUCAGCGGUUUAUUCGAUGUCAAGCCGGCCGUCGUCUAUCGAGCCCGGUUCGAUCCGGAUAGGGGAUUUAUACGGUGAGGAGGAGAGGGAGUUCUUGAUGGAAUUAAAAGUCCCAUCGUCUUCUAACAGGGCCCACCACAUCCUGUCCGUCCGAUGCUGCCACAAGGAUCCGUCAACUCAGGAGCUCGUAUACUCCAGAGACUUGCCCUUACUAGUACCACGUCCCCACUCCGUUCGAUCGUCAUCAACUCCUCCAUCAAUCGAACGGCUGAGGAGCCUGUUCUUCACCACCCGGGCCGUGGCUGAAUCUCGGCUUUUAAUCGAGCGCAACAAUUAUACAGCGGCGCAUCACAUGCUCACGUCGGCUCGGGCUUUAUUAGUGCAGUCGAGAUCGGCUUCCGCGGACGAGUUUAUUCGAGCGUUGGACGGGGAGCUAACGGAGCUGCAGUGGAGGCGGCAGAAGCUGACGGCGACGCAGACGGAGGUGGAGGUGCAGCGGCGGAGGGGGAACGUGACGGAGAGGGAGGCGGCGGUUUUCUUGGACGAGAAGGGCGAGCCGCUGACGCCGACUUCGGCUUGGAGAGCGGCUGAGAGGCUGGCUAAGGUGGCGAUCAUGAGGAAGUCGGUGAAUAGGGUUAGCGACUUGCACGGCUUCGAAAACGCCAGAUUCUGAAAUAUUUAGUAUUAAAUUCCAAUUCGGAGGUUUUUUGUUUUGUUUUCAAGGUAUACGGAAAAAAGGAAAAAUUAGGAUUAAUGUUGUAAAAAAAUAGAAUAAAAUAAGUCAAGUAAUCAGAUAAAGGUAGGGCCCAGGGGGUGUAAUAGCGACAAGCAGUACCCGACGGCUCGGGCCUUUUUCUGCAGAGGUAGACAGUACUUUAGCUAGCGAGAGAGUGUGAGGAGAGAGAGAGAAGAGAGAGAGAGAGUGGGGUAGGGAACCCCCACACUAUGAUUGAUUGAUUGGUCAGUGAGGUGGUUGUGUUAUUUGUCUUUAUUGUUGUUGUUCUAGUGGAAUUUUUAGUACGUACAAUUUUGUAA